GCUCGUCGUAAAUAAUAUUAUGUACACCGAUGCUUCGGACGCAACCUAAUUUAGGUGAUUUUAGCUAACGUUGGCUAACAGUUCGGCGAAUACAAUGACAACCUGUUGUCUGAUCCAUCUGAUCCGAACCUGUCAUCUAGCUAGUUACCUUAGUUAGUUUAUUAAAAACUGAGAUAACUAGCUACCAGUUUGCUAACGUCAGGGUAGACUGCUUGCUAAAGCGCUACUAAACUCGCCGAAUAUUUGUAGCUUUACCUUAACUGAAUGGUAACUUUUGUCUGAAGUUAACGUUAGCUGCAUUACCGCUAAUGCUAUCUAACGCUAGCACAAUGCCAUUGUUUAAAUGUUCGCCAGUCUUCUCCCGUUACGUCAGCUAGCCGUUUCUUUCACAUUAAUAUGAUCUGGUCUUAUACAUGGGUUUCUCGCCAACGUCAUCACUCAUCUUGAAGGUGGUCUAUGUCCGGGGUUGGUUAAACAAAGGCUGGAAGAUGCUGGGGUAUAUCUGGCAGUAUGUCUACACGUCCUUCCUGAGAUACUGGCUGAAGUGGUUCAUCAGACAGGCAACAGGGACAUGUGAGCUGCAGAGAAUAUGCUCCAACUAUAAGCCUGGGGCAACAAGGACAACAAAAGCAGAAUAUUCUCUCCGGUCAUCAAAGAACAAGGUUUUAAGAGAAGCUUUGGGAACCAACAAGGGUAAAUUAGAGCAAUGUGUGGAUCAAAUUAUGAAAGAGAAGAACGUCAAACCCCAGAAAGAUCCACUGUUCAAGGAGAGCCUACACAUCUGUCUGUUACAGAUAACUGGAAACAGCAGCCUGUAUAUAUCUGUGGAAGACUUGAGAAAGGAAGUCUUCAACUCUGAGAACCAAGAACACGAGGCCAUGCUGUUAAAGCUGUGGGACCUGUUGAUGCCAACAGUCAAACUGGAGUCGAGGAUAACCAAACAGUGGGGAGACAUUGGAUUCCAAGGAGAUGACCCCAAGACUGACUUCAGAGGAAUGGGCAUGCUGGGCCUAAUCAACCUCGUUUUUUUCAGUGAAAACUACACAGAGGAGGCCCGCCAGGUGUUGUCUCAUGCAAACCAUCCUAAACUAGGAUAUUCAUAUGCGAUCGUUGGGAUCAACUUGACAGAGAUGGCAUACAGCCUACUGAAGAGUGGUGCUUUGAAACCCCAUUUCUACAAUACAGUACUGGGCACACCUGAGCUCCGGCAUUUUCAUCAGCUAUACUGUUAUCUGGCGUAUGAAUUUGAUAGAUUCUGGGUGGCAGAAGAGCCGGAAAGCAUCAUGCAGUUCAAUCAGUACAGAGAAAAAUUCCAUAACAUAGUGAAGACACACCUACAGGACCCCGAUGUAACGCUGACUGUCCGUUCUAAAAACUAAUAUUAAUCAGAAACAUUCCCUCACCCCUCCGUGGCCCCUGAAGUUGUUUGAUCUGGUAAGCUGGUCGUUGCUCAAAAAUUUGAAAUAAUAAAUCCUCCUAUAUUUGGUUUCGUGAUUCUUUAGUCACACUCUGUUCAUCUGGUUUCAGUGGGAGUUAAGGUUUUUUUUAAAUGGAGCACAAAUCUGACACCAUAUACCUCAAAAAUGACCAUUCCAGUGUUUAAUUAACCUUUGUAAAGGGGAAAUGAGAGCUGCUGCAGAGGACUAUAGAGAUAAUGGGUGUGUUGCAGUUCAAAGACAGUUAUUGAAAAAUGGUGAUUAACUGCCAUAUUUGUAGCUGUCUUGUUUGUAUUUAUGUAACCAAGACUUGUGUGUUCUCACUUCUCCUGCUCAGGACUUGAUUUUUAUGUCCAAAGACAAUAGCUAAAUUUGUGCAUGGUUUAAUGUGUCCCUGUUGAUGCCAUCUGUAUUCUGUAAUAUAGGUGACGUGGAACUCAACAUGAUUAUUUGCCUCCAUUCUCAUAACUUUGUAUGUCUGAAGACUGCCUUUUUAGUACUGGUUGUUUUUAUGCUGUGGAUUGCUUUUGAGGAAGGUAUGUAAUGAUUAACACAUCUGACUAAAAGUUAAUAAAUACACAUUUUAAUGUUUAAA